AGGAGGGUCCGGCUGCGGCGGCGCCCGCUCUGCUCUCGGCCGCCGAGGGCGCGGCGAGGCGAAGCGAGGAGGUCGCCUGGCGCUUGAGGUGGGCAAACUUUCCAGCUGCUUCUCGUCGCCGCUGCCCGGGAGGGGGAGUGCCCGCCCGCCCGCUUAUAAGCAGCUGCAAAGUCCAAAUGUCAAAGAGCUGGGAGGCUGCGGCUCCUCCAGCGCUUGCUCCCGCGCCAGCCCAGCGGGCUCUACAGGAAACAAUCUGCUGCCAAACUUCAGUAUAUCAUUUCAGAAAGAGCCAUGUUGAAUUGCUUUUCUCCUUGUCCGUUUCUGUACAGAUGAUAUAGUAACAGAUCUCUGGGAAGGAGUGAGAUUGGCUUCAAAGAUCUGCUAACUGAUCAGAGAAAACACAAAAUGGACAAUUUCUGCAGAUUUUGUUAGAAGGCAAAAGUUAACUUUAAACUGGACUUCAAGGAGUAAGAUAUUUUAAAAAGCAUCAGAAAAUUGGAAAUUCCUUGGUUUGGCUAAAAGUCUCAGGAGAAUGGAUACCAUUGAGACAGCAAAGCUUGAAGAGCACAUGGAAGGUCAGAACAAUGAGACCUCAAAUGGCUAUGCUCGACCUACCCUAUCUGUCAGCGAAGACAGCAAAAACGGCAAUAGCAAACCAAAGGGUUUAUCCAAUGGCUUGCGGAAAAGCACAAAGAAGUAUCCAGACUAUAUUCAGAUUUCUAUGCCUGCUGAAUCUAGGAACAAAUUUCCCUUGGAAUGGUGGAAAACAGGCAUUGCCUUUGUGUAUGCUCUCUUCAAUUUAAUUCUAACAACUGUCAUGAUCACCGUAGUUCAUGAGAGGGUACCUCCCAAGGAGCUCAGCCCUCCCUUGCCUGAUAAGUUUUUUGAUUAUAUUGAUCGCGUGAAUUGGGCUUUUUCUGUAUCAGAAAUAAAUGGAAUGAUACUAGUUGGAUUAUGGAUAAUCCAGUGGCUGUUUCUUCGGUACAAAUCAAUAGUGGGACGCAGGUUCUUUUUUAUAAUAGGAACAUUGUACCUGUACCGUUGUAUUACCAUGUACGUUACCACCCUACCUGUGCCUGGGAUGCAUUUUCAAUGUGCUCCAAAGUUGAAUGGAGAUUCUCAAGCUAAGGUGCAGAGGAUCCUGCGACUGAUUUCUGGUGGUGGUCUGUCCAUUACAGGAUCGCACAUCCUAUGUGGAGACUUUCUUUUUAGUGGUCACACUGUAGUGCUAACACUCACCUACCUGUUUAUCAAGGAAUAUUCACCUCGUCAUUUCUGGUGGUAUCAUUUAAUCUGCUGGCUGAUGAGUGCUGCUGGAAUAAUCUGUAUCCUUGUUGCACAUGAACACUACACUGUGGAUGUCAUCAUUGCUUAUUAUAUCACCACCCGGCUCUUCUGGUGGUACCACUCGAUGGCCAAUGAAAAGAACUUAAAGGUAUCUUCCCAAACAAAUUUUCUCUCUCGAGCAUGGUGGUAUCCAAUAUUUUAUUUCUUUGAGAAGAAUGUACAAGGUUCAGUUCCAUGCUGCUUCUCCUGGCCAAUAUCUUGGCCUCCCAGCUGUUUCAAAUCUUCAUGCAAAAAAUAUUCUCGGGUUCAGAAGACGGGAGAAGACAAUGAAAAAUCCACUUGAAGAUAGGAAAGAAAUCAACUGCUCUUCUUUUUACCAAAACAUUAAUGCUAUAACCAAAGUUCUUUGAGGACUGUAUUGUUACUCAAGUGGACCAAAUUUUUGUGCAAUUGAUUGGAAAGACACCUUGUAGACAAAAAUGUCACCCCUUGAUAUAUUUUCUAGUCAUCACAUUGUACAGGCCUGUUCCACUCUUCAGUGCUAGUGUGUACCACUGUUAGGAUUUUUCCCUGAGAAAGAAAAGAAGCAGGACUUUGGUUUAUUAAUGAGAUUAAGUGGUGCCAAAGAAUACAUCACGCUCUUCAUUAUUAAUUAUCACUCAUCCACAAAAGCACCCAAACAAAAUCUCUUCAGAGUUCUGGAGUUUAAGGGCAGAAGAAUACUAAAAAUUUGAAUGCACAAUGUCUAUAUAGAAAAAUAUAAAGAAUAACACGAUGGUGGGAAGUGGUGUAUUGCAUUGUUUUUGCAAAUGAAGGUUAAACCUCCGAUAAAAUGACUGAAGCUGGAAGUGAGCCUUGCCAUUUUUACAUUAUACUGGGUAUGAAUGUAUUAUGACCCUGAAAUACUACCAACUCCUGUGUAUUCUAUACUACUCUCAACCAUAUUUUUUACACUUUUUUAUUAGUAAUUUUAUAAAAGUUAAAAAAAAAAAAGCUGUUGUGCUACUUGAUGACAUUGUGAAAUGGAAAUAAUAGCUGCUAACAUCAUCAGCUCUACAACCUUGGAGAUAUUUUAUUUUUAAAAUUAUAACAAAUAAGAAAAUCAUUUCAAAGUCUAAACCUUUAACGGUGAGAUAAUUUCAGUUUGUAUGUGUUACGUAUAUAUAGCUAUAUAGCACAUAUACCUAUAUAUACAUGUACUUCUGUGUAUUUACACACGCACACACAUUAACCAAUAGUAUAUAACUGAAAAGAAAGCUAUUUAUAAUGUUUCAAGCAAAAUUUACGCUGUGUUGGGUUGUUUGUUUGUUUGUUUUUUAUUCAUUCACUUACUUGAGGACUGUAAAGUCAGGUCUUAAAUGGGGAAUGUUUAAAAUUAAAAAAAAAUAAUUUUAGUUAGUGUUUCACGCUGAAACUAUGUAGCAUUGUGCUUGACAGCCUCAUGUUAUACAUUGAGAACAUUAUUAUUUAUGCUUGGCACAAACCUCAGUCUCAUAAACAAGUGUCCAGGCAAAUACCUUAAAACAGUAGCAUUUCUUUGACUAUACCUAACAUCUAUUAUUAAAUGGUGCUGUCAUAUGACUGACUUGCUAAUUCCUUUCUAUCAGUGCUGUUUUGUCCAGCCAAAGGGUAUGUUGGUUAAGAAAUGGGAAAUCAAUGCUUCCUUAGAAGCGCAUGCUACAGUGCAGAUCAGCAGUUACUAUGGUUCAUAUUGUUUUGUUGUAUUUGAUAUUGUUCUUUAGGAAACCAAGUGGAUAAUUAGCACCACAGUGUUUAAGAGUUAAUAAUUUGUUCUGUAUUCAUUUCCUCAGUUUUGCUAGUAUUUUAUUUCCAAACCUUCAGGAAAAGCUGACAGUGGAGGGAAUAUCAAUGUUAAUAGUUGGUUUAACCUUUAACAUAAUUGAAAUACAAACUUUUUUAAGAAUGCCUUGAAAAGCUUUGAAUGACAAGUGUGAACACUGAAAAAAGAAAUAAUGACAACCUCAGUUUUAAAACUUCUAGUUAAAAAGUUGUAUAAAUAAAAUGCAAUUUAGAGUAUUUGGAUCUGAUCUCUUUUUCAGAGGGCCAAUAACUAUAAAAAUAUGCACCAGAGAAGUGAUUUUUACCUUGCAUUUCAGAUUAUUUGAUAAUGCACAAAAGUAAUACUUUUUUCCUUACAGGGCAUCCUGAUAAAAUAUAGUUAAGUAACACUAACCUUGUUCUCUUUUUAACGGUUUUGUCAUAUUUCACUAGAAAUAUUAUGCACCAUAUUUGGGACCUUUAUGUUAUGCAGAUAGGCACAUUAAUCUCAGAGUUUUGUUUCUGGCAGAACUCUUGCCUCAAGUAGAUAACUCUUACACUGUGAAAGCAGUAUUUCUUCAGUUUUGAGCUGCAUAGUCUUAGUGAACAGUAUAAGGUUGGUCCUUUACAGAAUGCAAAGUUCUGUGGUUUUUCUGUUUUUCUUAAAUCAUUAUGUCUUUGAAGUAGCAGACUUCUGUGCUGUAGCUAGAUCAGCCAAGUCAUGUUUAAUUAUUUUUGUUUGUACCACUCUCAUUGCCUUUGGAGGGAAAUGUAAUGAAUUUCUUUAGUAGUAAAUCUGCUUUAAGAUGAGCACUGUAAAAGUUGUUAUUGGAGCAUUCUAAGCAGCAUCAAAAACUAUGGUUUUCAUCUGGUAACCUGUUAAAUUACUGAAUAAUAAAUUGUCUACAUAGAUUACAAAAGGGUUCCAAUGAGAGAUUCCAGUGAAAUGCUUAGAAAGCUAAUGACUUGACUUGCCUGCAACUUCUCUGUUCAAAAAACAGUAUACUUCUGAAUUUAUGAAAUAACCUGCCUUUUUCUGAAAACAAAAUUAGGUAAAUGAUAGUAUUUUCUAAGUUUUCUUAUCCUUUUGACAAUAGGAUCUUUCCUUUUGACCUUGUAACUCAAUAGAAGAUAAUAAUCAGUUGUUGAAUAAUGUUUGCUUGAAAUCCCUUUUUGUUUAAGCAAAGAAGACUUAAAAAAUGAGUCUGUAGCUCAAUAAAUUGAAUAAAUUCUAAUUUUGGCACAGUUCUCUUAAUGCUUAAAUUUUCUCCAUUCUUAACUUGAUAAAAGCGGAGGGCUUUUAGCUUUUAAAUAAUGGUGACCUUUUCCUAUUAUCUCUCCAUACCUUUAAGGUAUGGGAAAUGAAUGAAAAAGGGAGUGGGGAUUUACCUCCUGUCACCUGUUUUGUAGUAACUUUUUUCAUGUGCUUGUCCUUACCCUAUGGUAAUGGAAGCUAAAACACAGUAGUUUUACUACUUAAUGAAAUAGGGGUAAGUUUAUUAUAGUUUAGCACAGUGGUGUUUGGCUCAACCCUGUGGGCCAGAUGAGUGAUACAGGGCUGGAUCCAUGUGUUCGGUCUGUGAGUGUGAUCUGGUACAUUGCCCUGGCCCUGCGUGCUGGACCCAGCUGUGGAGUGACUCUGCACCAGAGCCCGGCCCCACGGUCUGGAUCUAGCCACCACCCGACCUGAGAUUUAGAGCAUAGUUUGGUGCAUUAGGGCCCUGUCAUUCAGACUGCAUGGCUCCCUCCUCGUCCGGAAAUUUGGCAGCAGGGGAGUAGUAACAACAUGAAUUUAUAUGGCUUUCCAAGACUGCUGCAACCAUUCCCCCACUGCUAAAUUUCUAGACCCGUGGAAAGCCUGGAUUCAGCCUGCGGGCCAGAGAUUGAACCAUACUAGUUUAGCACAUAAACAAUUACAGCAGAAAUAAUUUGCACUAAUUUGUUUGUCCUUGCCUUUUUGUUUCUUACUAAUGUAAACUAAAUAUCUUUUAUCCUUUUAUUUUUUUUUUAAAAAAAGUACAUAUCUCGUUCAGGAACAUCUGGAGCUUAAAUAUGUUCAAGAUCAGUAUACUGUGCCUUACAUUUUCACAUUACCCAUUUUUGUAUUUCCAUUGUAAACAUUCAAAGCACACAUAGGCCACUGCUAGCUUAUAUAUAUAAAAAG